AUGGCUGCUCUUUCUUCCUCCUCUUUAUAUCACAACUUCCGUUCUUCUACUCUUGCUUACUAUUCGAAUUCGAAUCAUGAGUCGAGUUCUUGUUUUACUGCGAAAGCCAUUCGAUAUUCCAGCAGAAGAAAUGGCUCUAGCAUUUGUGGAGGCCUCAGAAUUCAAAAUGCAGCAACAAAAUCUGCAAAGUCACCAGCUGAAGAAGAAUGGAAGAUCAAACGGCAGUUUCUACUUGAGAAAAGGGUAAGGAGUGUGGAUGCCAAGGAAGCAUUGCGGCUUCAGAAAGAAAAUAACUUUGUGAUUCUUGAUGUACGGCCUGAGGCAGAGUUCAAAGAGGCUCAUCCACCGGGUGCUAUUAACGUGCAAAUAUAUAGGCUUAUAAAAGAGUGGACAGCUUGGGACAUAGCUAGGAGAGCUGCAUUCGCCUUUUUUGGCAUCUUUUCUGGAACAGAAGAGAAUCCUGAGUUUAUCCAAAGUGUGGAGUCAAAAAUUGAUAAGAGUGCGAAGAUAAUUGUUGCCUGCACGGCGGGGGGAACUAUGAAGCCAUCACAAAAUCUUCCAGAAGGCCAACAGUCAAGGUCACUCAUAGCAGCUUACUUGCUGGUUCUCAAUGGUUAUACUAAUGUCUAUCACUUAGAAGGAGGGCUGUAUAACUGGAAUAAAGAAGACCUGCCAUCAGAAUCUGAAGAAUGA